AUGGGAUUUUCUUACGGCAGGACUGGAGCCAUCAUCGUCGGAGUUAUUCUGAAUGAUUUAAUGAGAGAGGUCUGUUCUUUUCUUGAUCUAACUCGUUUGUUUUCGCCGGAAUGUUCGGGAAGUAUAAACAAGAUUCCAAUGGACGACAUGCUUCCGGCGAUAAAAUUCGAAGAGAUGUCACGGGUCAAUCCGCCGGAGAGUUGCCGGAUAUGUCAAGAUGAGUUCGACGGCGAUGACCAAGUCAGGUGUUUGAGGAAUUGCGUACAUGUUUUUCACAAGACGUGUAUUGACCGUUGGAUCCAUGAUGAUAAGAUGACGUGUCCUUUGUGUAGAACCCCAAUCAUCCCUGAUUUCUAUUUUUUACGCUUGUAA